AUGCCCAAUCAGAAUAAUAUGAUGGGAGGUCCUCAUCCUUCCGCUAGAGCUCAAUUAAGAAAUAAUCUGUUACACAGCGAUAUUGGUGAUAUUGAUGUUACUCAGGAAAGACCAAUUAAUAUGAAUGAAUCUUCAUCUCAAGAUGACUUACAGGUGAAUGAUUAUUCCCAACAACAACAGUACCCUCAGCAACAACAUCAACAGAUGGCACAUCAACAAGCUUAUAAUUCUCAACAACAACAACGAAACCAACAAUAUUACACUUCACCAAACCAGCAGUACCCUCAGCAGCAAAACCAACAGUACUCACAGCAACAAAGCCAACAAUACACACAACAAAGCCAACAGUACUCUCAGCAACAAGGAUUCCUUUCACCGCAACAGCAACAAAGGUUCACUUCGCCACAACAACAAAUGAACUUAUCUCCUCAACAACAGAAGCCUUAUCAAAGAAUGCAAAACUAUCGUAAUAAUCAAAAUGCUCAUAAUAAUGCCAAACAUCAACAACAGCAUCAAGAAAAGAAAGCGUAUUCCUUAAACCAAAAAUCUAUCUCAAAUUUUUUUAAAGGUAAGAGUCAUCAGAUGGGUUUUAAUAUGGGGAAACGGGCUCAAAGAGGUAACGCUGAUCAUCGUUCAAAUAGGAUAGGAGGUGGUGGUGAUGAUGAUGAAGAUGGUGGGGAUACUUUAUUAGAUGAACCAGAUACCUCUAUAAUGACAUUUGACGAUAUUACAACAAUCACUUAUAAGAAAGGUGAUAAACUUGGUAUGGGAGACACAACAGCUCCAAUCAUUCCUACUUUAGUUACAAAAGAAGGUAAAAAUAUGAAUAACACUGAAUACAGAAAAUAUAUGACAAAUCAAAAGAAGACAGCAUAUACGGCUAUGGCUAAACAAAACAAAAUGAUGCAGAGCCCCAAUAACAAUAUGCAAGGAAUAAAUUCAAACCCAAGAGCAAUGUCAUUACAAACUAAUCAAAACCCAUAUCUUCAGCAGCAGCAGCAGCAGCAGCAACAGAGACCAAAUCUCCCAUAUCAAAAUAUGAAUAACAAUGUUGGUGGUAGUGCGACAAAUGGUAGAGCCAAUUCGCUAGCUACUGGCCCACCUUCGAGUUUUAAUUACAUACCAGGUCAACAGGGAACCCAACCAUUUUCCAUGGAUAGAGGUCCAAAUGGACCAUUUCAAAAACAACAGGCAUUACCAAUUCAACAGCAAGGAGGAUUUUCUCAAAAUAAUGAGCAACCUCGAGCCAUGUCAUUGGCCAAUAAUUCUAACCAAAAUUUACAAAGAUUUGAAGUUCAAAAAUUUAACAAUAAUCUAAAUGAAACCCAAUUUAGAGGACCGGUACAAGGCUAUACAAACCAAAACUACCCGCAGAAUCAACAGCAGCAGCAACAACAACAAGGCCCACAAGAUGAAUAUCGUACAAUGUCGUUGCAGACAAAUCCUCUAUCAAGAGCCCAAGUCACAAAUGGCCCAAACGGAUAUAAUUAUCAUAAUUCCUCGUCGUCAGCUACCCCAACACCUGUAGGAUCUGAGAUAAGUUACAUUGGUAGUGGUACAUCAGCUACCACAAUCCACAGCCAAGAGCAAGUAGUAGCGCCUCUUUCUAAUUCAAAUCAAGAAGAAGGGACAAGAAUAUUACAGGAUAGCCAACCUAAAGCAAAACUAAAUGUCCUAAAACUUUCUGAUCCUCAGAAAAAGGAACUGCAUGAGAAGGAAAUAUCUACGGAGCCUUUCACCCAAGUAUCAUCGGGCAUAGAAAAUAUAAUCCAAACAAAUAGAAUGGCAUCUAGACCUCAAUCAGAUGAUCUAGGUUUAAGGCCAACAUCCUUGCUAGAAUCCGGCUUAAAAUCUUUGAACCUAAAUGGAAGUUCUACUAUUGGUGAAAAUAGAGAAUCAACACAGACCUACACAUCAGCAUUUAGUGAUUCUCCAAAUAAAGUUAGAUCAAAACUUCCUGCACAUACUGGAUUGUAUGAACUAGAAAAUGGAUCAGAUGCCCAUGAAUUCGUCACGGCUCAGGAUUUAAGGAGCUCUGUCAACUCUGCCACUGUUGCAAAACCUGCUGCAUCAACACCCUCCUUAGAAAAAAUCGUUUCAGCUGGUACGGUUACGGAUACUGUAAAUAGCACGUUGAGAGAGAUGCCAUCGAACGUUUCUUCAUCGAACAACAACAGGGUCUCCAGUAUGUCUACCUCAACAGGUGUUAAGUUAAAUCUUGACCAUGAAGCGGAUGAUGUAGAUGAUACCUUCGAUUACAGACAACAGAGCAACCAUGGCGUCACACCAUCUGCCAUAACUGAAAGAGAUAAUAAAGCCCAUCAGCCUUCUGAGCUGAACAAAGCCCCUACUUCGAAUAUUGAUGAUUUCUUGUUUGAUAACACACUAAAUGAAAGUUAUACAGACUCGGUAGAUAGAAAAAUUGAAUCUAUAAAGAUUACUGGUGAACAGUUAUCUAUUUUAACCCAAAAUAAAUCUUUAAUGAGAGAAAUGACGUUGUUAUCAUCUGAGUUGGGGGAAUCAAUUAAGAGAGAAACUAUGCUAAGUGAAAAGCUUAACAAGAUAGAUAGUUUAAAUCCAUUUAGCGAAACUAGGGAAGAUACCUCUGUAUCUUUAUCCGAUUUUGAGAGUGAACUAAGGAAAAAAUCUUCAAAGAUUUUAGAAUUAAUACAAUCCUUAAAUGAUGAAAGGUUGAAGAGGUUCAUUGCAGAAGAACAAAUUUUAUUGAGCGAAGUUAAUGCAAGGCCUAGUACCAUUGAACUUAUUAGUGAAAUAACCGAGUUAAAGAAUAAAUUACGAGAAAAAGAUAGUGAGAUUGAGACUUUAAAGCAACACAUCGAUGCCUAA